GGGCGGAGUCCGACUGUGUGCUGGGCCAGCGCGGAGAAGCAGCUGCGGAGUAGAUCCUGGGCUCCGCCGAGACCGCGGUUCUUGCUCCUUGCCGCCGCUGCCUCAGUCUCAAGCCGUCGCCGCCGCGGGAGCGGCCGCCUAUUGUCUAUCUCUGCGGCGAAGGUGCGGAGCUGCUCCGAAUCGGCCCGUGGGGGAUCCCCGGGCGCCGCACGUGUCCUGGGUCAUGAAACUUAACCCACAGCAAGCUCCACUAUAUGGCGAUUGCGUUGUUACUGUGCUGCUCGCGGAAGAGGACAAAGUUGAGGAUGAUGUAGUGUUUUACUUGGUGUUUUCGGGCUCUACCCUCCAUCACUGUACAAGCACACGGAAGGUCAGUCCUGACACGCUGGAGACCAUUACUCCUGGUCACGACUGCUGUGAGACCGUGAAGGUGCAGCUGUGUGCUUCCAAAGAGGGCCUCCCCGUGUUCGUGGUGGCCGAAGAGGACUUCGAGUUCAUCCAGGAUGAGGCGUACGAUGCUGCCCAGUUCCUGGCCACCAGCGCUGGGAACCAGCAGGCGCUGAACUUCACCCGCUUUCUUGAUCGGUCGGGACCCCCGUCGACAGAUGUGAAUUCCCUCGAUGAGAAGGUGGCCCUGGCAUUCCGACACCUGAAACUGCCGGCGGAGUGGAACGUGUUGGGAACAGACCAGACUCUGCAUGAUGGUGGCCCCCGUGAGACAUUGAUGCAUUUUGCUGUGCGGCUGGGCCUGCUGAGGUUGACAUGGUUCCUGUUGCAGAAGCCAGGCGGCCGCGGAGCUCUCAGCAUCCACAACCAGGAAGGAGCGACACCUGUGAGCUUGGCCUUGGAGCGGGGUUAUCACCAGUUGCACAAGCUUCUGACCGAGGAGAAUGCUGGAGAACCAGAUUCCUGGAGCAGCUUAUCCUAUGAAAUCCCGUGUGGAGACUGUUCUGUGAGGCAUCAUCGAGAGCUGGACAUCUACACGUUAACCUCAGAUUCCCAGUCACAUCAUGAACCCCCAUUUCCUGCCGACAGUUGCACUGAGCACAUUUUUAAACUUAUGAACAUCCAACAGCAGCUAAUGAAAACAAACCUCAAGCAGAUGGACAAUCUUAUGCCCUUAAUGGUGACAACACAGGACCCUUCAGGCCUGCCCACCGCCCAAGACGCAGAUGGCACACUCCUUCCCUGCACGUCCACGCACAGCCAGCAGCUUCCUUCUCCUCCUGCAAAUGUGGAGAGUGCUCCGGGCUGUCCCGGGAGCACCGCGGGGCACCCUGGGCAUCCCUCCGGUUUAUCCAGCGUGGCUAAGGGAGAGAAUACAGGCUGUUCCUGUGGGAAGGACAGUAACAGCGUGGAGGGAAAAGAGGAAGAGGCGGAGGAGCCAGCACCCCCUGUGGACUCUGGAGCUGUGUCUCAUCCCGACAGCUGUGUUCAGAGCAUGGCUGAUCGCAGAGGGGAGGGGACAGAAGGUCCUCCAUCCUGUGAAAUCAGGCGGGAAGAAACUAGAACCAAACUUGCUGCAGUGGCCUCAGCUCAGGAGUCUCCAAGCAGCGCAGGCAGCGUCCUGACAGGAGCCUCGGUCACGGAAUCAGGCACGGCCCAGCUUUUCUCUGGAGGCGACCUGGUAGCAGUCAGCUCAGCAGCAGAUGCCAGUGUCCCAGAGUCUGCAGGGGAAGCGGAAUGUGGUCUGGUGAACCCAGAUGCCACCUCCCAGAAGAAGGUGCCCGCAGUUGGGCACAGUACAGAGGAAAGAUUUGAGAACUCUAACAUCAGCACAGCUGGAGCCUCUGAUGCAAAUGGCACGCAGAAGCCUGUGGAUAAAACCGUUGUUCCAAACUGUGUUUCUGCCACCAGGCCCCAGGAAGGUGACAGACCUGCUGAGUCUUCUCUUGCAUUGAGUAAUGGAGAAACCUCCAUUGAAAAAACUGCAGAAACUGAAACUUCAAGACGUUGUGCAGGGAGCACUGGUGGUACAGCGGACCAGAGCCCUGUCAUCGUCCCAGCUGCUGCAAAUGACAAGGUUGCAGACGGAUUCGAACCUGAUGCUCCCUUAGCAAACACGUGUGGGGCAGUGUCGCUUCCCAGUUUAACCUCCCCCAGGCCACAAAAAGAUGUUACGCCAAACCAGACACCAGAAAUGAAUUCAUCUCAUGUUCAGAGCCAGAAUGGCCAACUGCCUAUCUGCUCUGCAGCUGGCCAUGAUGAACUUCGUGCUGUCUCUGCAUGCCACCAGGACACGGUGACUUCUAAUGGUGCGUUGGCUUCCAAGCAUUGCGGUGACGUAGUCACUCGGCCUGGAAGUGCCACUACAGGCCUGCCCAACGCACAGCACGCGCUCACUGCUGUCCUCUCAGAAGACCCACAGGCUAACACAGCCAGCCCUGACUCUGUGAGACACACCCAGGAAGAUGUGGGUUGUCAUCCUCUCAAAGAGUCGGGAAAAGAGGGGCAAGCAGGGGGUUUGAACUUAGAAGCACCUUUAACAAAUACACUUGAGGUGGUUCCGCAUCCACAUGCCAUUUUCCCCAAAGUAGAGGAAGAAUCAGCGCCAGACGGGGCACUGUCAUCAGGCAGGACUUUCUCUCUGGCAUGCAGUCCAGGCAGUGAAUCAGUAACCAAAGAUGACGUGCUUGUCCCCUCCCAGAAAGAAAAGGGAACAGCAACUCCUGAACCACAUACCGCUACAGAUUGUAGAGAUGGUGGAGAUUGGAGUGAUACGCAGCCACUAGAAGACAGUGCAGCGGGCCUGUCCGCGUCCACAGCCCUGGAUCUUCAGCCCAGCAUGGGGAAUACCAGUCCUAUGGGAUUUGGUGGGGAGCAGGAGGGUCCCUGCCCCUCAGCAGCCCCUGAAGUCCUGAAUAUAGACGGGGGCACUGACUCUCCUGGGCUACAUAAGGGUAAGGCCUCUUUGGCCUCUGAUUCCAAUUUGACUGAAGAAGGAAGAAACUCGGUGGUUCCGGAACACCCUGCAGCUCUGGGGCAAGAUGACAAGUUUAAGGCAGUGAUUUGUUCCUCCGUUAAGGAAGACAGCCUUCCUUCAGGAGUGCUGCGGGAAGAGCAGAGAACCGACCCUCCCUGGCAGGAGCUGCCAGGAGGCCAUGGAGAACCUAGCUCAGCUUUCUGUGCCGAGGACCGAGCGCUGGAGCACAGUAAUUCACGGGACACACCCUUGGCCUGUCUGAACGCAGAAACUGAACACAAUAAGGAAGUGGCCCCACCAGCCUCUCUGCUGACUGAAGGUGGGGCUGCACAGAGCCCGGUGCAGCUGGGAGCAAGUCUGGCUGCAGACUCAAGCCAAAAAGCCUUGGGCGCAGAGCAGAGCGGCUCACCUCUGCUACCAGGCCUAUUACCAGACAGGUCUGAGGCUCUUCAUUGCAAUGGGGCUUUCGCUCUGGGUGUUGGAGUGAAAAACACUGAAGCCCAGGGAGAGACCCCCACUUGUGAGGCCAGAGGAAAUAUGGCAUUGGAUGUUGCAGUGGUUAAUGCGCUACAAGGAACUGUUGAAGCCAGAAGAAAGGAUCCAUCCCACAAUGCUGAAGACCUCCCGGUUCCAGGAGUCUUGCUGAGCCAGGAGAAGAGUGUGAUCCAGGGUUUGCCAGUCGCUUUACCAGGCAAAGGCGAGACUGACCUUCCGGUUGCUGCACGCCCUGAGGUGGCGACUCUUGGUUGGGAGAACGGGAAGUUGGAGGGAGCCGGCAACCUCAGCUGUAGCAUGGGCGACUCCGAGGGCGCACAAAGGAAUGAUGACGCACACCGUGUCCUGCUGCAGCCUGUUGCCAAAGAGCUCCCCACAGAGACAGAGCUCUCAACCAGGGGUGACAAGGCUCCAUGCAGGGACAGGGAUGCUCCCCCUGUACCUUGUACUGUGUCUGCCGAAGCUGGACAUCUGCUUAAGAGAGCAGACUCGAUCGAUGAGGCUGCGAGUCGUAUUGUGGAUGCCGUCAUAGAACAAGUCAAGGCCUCGGGAGCCCUGCCCACCGCAGAAGGGGAAAUCAGUCACAUGUCACCCUCUAGCCCUUCAGAAUCAGGCCCAGGGACCGAACAGCUGGAGAGCGCUUCUGUGGGAAAAGCCGUCACUGUCCUGCCUGAGGAGACCCCACAUGCGGGCAGUGUUCGUGAUGCGGCCCCUGGGAGCCCUGCAGGAUGUCUUGCUGGGAGGGAGGAGCCAGAGAAGAUAAUUCGGCCUGUUCUAGGACCUGAGCCGGCAACAGAAAUGCCAGACACAAAAGCUGAGGACGAAGUGGAUUUUCUGAGUAAUGCCAGGGGGAGCUCAGUUUCUGAAGAGGUGGCUGUGGGCGACUCUGCCACUACGCCUAAGGUGACGAGACAAGGCCCGAAGACCCAGGCGAUAAACCGAGAAAGCUGGUGCGCGAUAGAGCCGUGUCCGGAUGCGCCACCCCUCUUGACUCCCACGCGGGGCCCAGAAUGUGAGAACUUCCUGGAUGUCGGGCUGGGCAGGGAGUGCGCCCCCAAACAAGGCGUCCUUAAAAGAGAAUCUGGGAGUGAUUCUGACCUCUUCCACUCGCCCAGUGAAGAAGUGGACAACAUCGUCUUCUCUAAGCCCGAGGAGGAGCAGUCCGUCUGUGACAUCACUGGAUCCAGUUCUUCCACCGAUGACACGGCUUCCCUGGACCGACAUUCGUCCCAUGGCAGUGAUGUGUCCCUCCCCCAGCUGCCGAGUGUGAGCAGGUCCAGAGACCAGCCGCCCCGCGAUGGCUUCCACAGCCCCGGGGCGGGAGCCGAGGGCCGGGAGAGUGAGAGUGAGCCCGCGGGCGUGGGUGAGAUGGAAGAGGAGGAGAUGGACAGCAUCACCGAGGUGCCCGCGAGCUGCUCUGUGCUGCGGAGCUCUAUGCGCUCCCUGUCCCCUUUCCGGAGGCACAGCUGGGGUCCUGGCAAGAACGCAGCCAGUGAUGGAGAAAUGAACCACCGGAGUUCAAUGCGAGUUCUUGGGGAUGUUGUCAGGAGACCUCCCAUUCAUAGGAGAAGUAUGAGCUGGUGUCCCUCUGGUGUGCAAUACUCUGCUGCCCUGAGUGCUGACUUUAAUUACAGAAGUUUCAGCCUAGAAGGCUUGGCAGGGGGAGAUGGUGUCGGAAACAAGCCGUCUUCAUCCCUGGAAGUCAGCUCUGCCAGCACGAAAGAGCUGAGGCGCCCUUUCAGUGGGGAGGAGCGGGGCGACUCUUUGGUGUCCCUUUCAGAAGAGGACCUGGAGGCAGACCAGAGAGAGCAUGGGAUGUUUGUUCAGCAGACAUGUCACAGAUCUAAACAACAGGGAUGCAAUUACUAUACAUCAGCCAUGUCUUCUACAUUGACAAAAUCCGUCUCAUUAAUGACAAUCAGCCAUCCUGGAUUGGACAGCUCCCGGCCUUUCCACAGCGCCAGUGCUAAUCUGACAGAAAGUAUAACAGAAGAGAGCUACAACUUCCUGCCACAGAGCCCCUCCAAGAAGGACAUUGAAGGGAAGAGUGGAACGAAAGUCAGCCGCACUUUCAGCUACAUCAAGAAUAAAAUGUCCAGCAGUAAAAAGAGCAAAGAAAAGGAAAAAGAGAAAGAUAAAACAAAGGAGAAGGAGAAGGAUUCCAAAGACAAGGAGAAGGACAAGAAGAACCUCAACGGUCACUCCUUCAGUGCCAUGCCUGUUGUGGGUCCGAUCAGCUGCAGCCAGUGCGCGAAGCCUUUCACCAACAAAGACGCCUACACUUGUGCAAACUGCAGCGCUUUUGUCCACAAAGGCUGUAGAGAGAGUCUGGCCUCCUGUGCCAAGGUCAAAAUGAAGCAGCCCAAGGGGAGCCUCCAGGCACAGGACACAUCAUCGCUGCCCACAGUCAUUAUGAGGAACAAGCCCGCGCAACCCAAGGAGCGCCCUCGGUCCGCAGUGCUCCUGGCCGAUGAAACCGUGGCCGCCCCCAUGUUUUCUAACAGGCGGUCGCAGCAGUGUGUGUCACUCUCCAAAAGCGUCUCCAUACAGAACAUUGCUGGAGUUGGCAAUGAUGAGAACAUAUCGAACACCUGGAAAUUCCUGUCUCAUUCCACAGACUCGCUAAAUAAAAUUGUCAAGGUCAAUGAGUCGACAGAAUCACUUACUGAUGAGGGAGUAGGUACAGAUAUGAAUGAAGGACAGCUAAUGGGAGACUUUGAGAUUGAAUCAAAACAGCUGGAAGCAGAGUCCUGGAGUCGGGUAGUAGACAGCAAGUUUCUGAAACAGCAAAAGAAAGACGUGGUCAAGCGUCAAGAAGUGAUCUAUGAGCUGAUGCAGACAGAGCUGCACCACGUCCGCACGCUCAAGAUCAUGAGCGACGUGUACAGCCGGGGGAUGAUGACGGACCUGCUCUUUGAGCAGCAGAUGGUGGAAAAGCUGUUCCCAUGUUUGGAUGAGCUGAUCAGUAUCCACAGCCAGUUCUUUCAGAGAAUCCUGGAGCGGAAGAAGGAAUCCCUGGUGGAUAAAAGCGAAAAGAACUUUCUUAUCAAGAGGAUAGGAGAUGUGCUUGUGAAUCAGUUUUCAGGCGAGAACGCAGAGCGCUUAAAGAAGACAUACGGCAAGUUUUGUGGGCAGCACAACCAGUCUGUGAACUACUUCAAAGACCUGUAUACGAAGGACAAGCGUUUCCAGGCCUUCGUAAAGAAGAAGAUGAGCAGUUCAGUCGUGAGGAGGCUCGGAAUCCCAGAGUGCAUACUGCUGGUAACCCAGCGGAUCACCAAGUACCCCGUUUUAUUCCAAAGAAUUCUGCAGUGCACCAAAGACAAUGAAGUGGAGCAGGAAGACCUGGCUCAGUCCUUGAGCCUGGUGAAGGAUGUGAUUGGAGCUGUAGACAGCAAAGUGGCAAGUUAUGAAAAGAAAGUACGUCUGAAUGAGAUCUAUACAAAGACAGACAGCAAGUCGAUCAUGAGGAUGAAGAGUGGUCAGAUGUUUGCCAAGGAGGAUUUGAAGCGCAAGAAGUUGGUGCGGGAUGGAAGUGUGUUUCUGAAGAACGCCGCGGGAAGGUUGAAAGAGGUGCAAGCGGUUCUGCUGACUGACAUCCUAGUUUUCCUUCAAGAAAAAGACCAGAAAUACAUCUUUGCGUCAUUGGACCAGAAAUCCACAGUGAUCUCUUUAAAGAAGCUGAUUGUAAGGGAAGUAGCACAUGAGGAGAAAGGCUUGUUCCUGAUCAGCAUGGGGAUGAAAGACCCGGAGAUGGUGGAGGUCCAUGCCAGCUCCAAAGAGGAGCGGAACAGCUGGAUUCAGAUCAUUCAGGACACCAUCAACGCCCUGAACAGAGAUGAAGAUGAAGGAAUUCCUAGUGAGAGUGAGGAAGAAAAGAAAAUGUUGGACACCAAAGCGCGGGAAUUAAAAGAACAACUUCAACAAAAGGACCAACAGAUCCUACUCUUACUGGAAGAAAAGGAGAUGAUCUUCCGGGACAUGACUGAGUGCAGCACCCCCGUGCCCGAGGAUUGCUCCCCAACUCACAGCUCUAGAACCCUCUUCCGCUCCAACACAGAAGAGGCUCUGAAAGGAGGACCUUUAAUGAAAAGUGCAAUAAAUGAGGUGGAGAUCCUUCAGAACCUGGUGAGUGGGGGCCUGGGGGGCCCCCUCGGGCAGGCCGUGGGCAGCCCUGCUGGGCAGGAAGGCGCCGUCGGCCCCGUGUCCUUGCCCCGGAGAGCAGAGACCUUUGGAGGCUUCGAUAGCCAUCAGAUGAACGCUUCAAAAGGAGGUGAUAAGGAAGAGGGAGAUGAUGGCCAAGAUCUUAGGAGAACGGAAUCGGACAGUGGUCUGAAAAAGGGUGGAAAUGCUAACCUGGCAUUUAUACUUAAAAGAAACAAUGAGCAGGUCGUGCAGAGCAUCGUCCAUCUCCACGAACUCCUUAGUGCUUUGCAGGGCGUAGUGUUGCAGCAGGACAGCUACAUUGAGGACCAGAAGCUGCUGCUGGCCGAGAGGGCACUCACCCGGAGCUUGUCCCGUCCCAGCUCGCUCAUCGAGCAGGAGAAGCAGCGCAGCCUGGAGAAGCAGCGCCAGGACCUGGCCAACCUCCAGAAGCAGCAGGCGCAGCACCUGGAGGAGAAGCGCAGGCGGGAGCGCGAGUGGGAGGCCCGGGAGCGGGCGCUGCAGGAGCGCGAGGCCCGGCUGGCCCAGCGCGAGGAGGAGGUGCAGCGGGGGCAGCAGGACCUGGAGAGGGACCGGGAGGAGCUCCAGCAGAAGAAGGGCGCCUACCAGUAUGACCUGGAGAGGCUGCGCGCGGCCCAGAAACAGCUUGAGAGGGAGCAGGAGCAGCUGAAACGGGACACAGAGUGGCUCAGCCAGAGGCAGGUGGACCGUGACGCCUGUCAGGUCUCACAUCAACACACCAAGCUGCUGAAGAUCCCAUCUUUCUUCCCCACCCCUGAGGAGCCCCCCUUGCCAUCUGUACCUUCAAUAGCCAAGCCAGGGUUGUUGGACUCAGAACUCUCAGUGUCCCCCAAAAGGAACAGCAUUUGUCGGACACACAAAGAUAAGGGGCCUUUUCACAUACUGAGUUCCACCAGCCAGACCAGCAAAGUCUCAGAGGGUCCGAGCCAGACCCUGGCGCCUGCCUCCUCCUCUACACGCUUGUUUGGGUUGGCAAAACAGAAGGACAAGAAGGAGAAAAAGAAGAAGAACAAAGGAGACCGCUCCCAGCCCCGCGACGGCCCUGCAUCCGAGGUGCCCACAGAGGGUGAAGAGAUCUUCUGCUGACCCUAUUCCUCUGCUGGCAGCGUCACCAGCCCCGCCUUCCUGCGUCCCUGUGUGCCUGCUCUCUCACGUUGAUAUCCUGCUCUUCAGGCAUCUACUGCUCUGCACUGCCCCAGGCCGGGGACCGAGGAAUGAGUGGUCCUGAGCGUCAGGGUGGGUAAGGAGGGCCGGCCUUACCCACCUAGGCAACUGCCAGCAACUCCCAGGUUGGGACCGGCCUUGUGAUGGUGUUACCCUGAGAAUAGUGUCCCCAGGAGUCCAGGCGAUCGUUUUGGGCAUGUUAGGAAUUCCUAAAAGAGUGUUUCCAGAUGAGGUGUGAAUGCUGGCUGCCUUUCAUUUGGGGACACAACUGAAAAUUGGACAACGGACAGUGUGGACUCUGUGUGCACGCACAUGCGGUCGCCGUCUGCACGGACGCGUAGGGCACAGCAGAACCGUGCACCUUCUGUCGCAGACGCUCUGUGCAGGUGGCAUACAGGCGGUCGGCCUCUCACAUGCCAGGCCUCCGAGGCAGUGUCGUCCCUCCAGAUCACCCCUGUGGACAUGUGUUCCUCAUUUCAUUUCAGAAGGGAUGACAGACAUUUGUGAAGACCAGUGAGAAUAGACCUGAUGUGUUUCAAAAGGAUGUGAUCUGCACCACCUUGGUUUUGAUAUUUCAGUCAGUCUCUAGCAAUUUCAUUAGUCAGUUCUGGAAAAAAUUCUGCACUGGCCUUCCAAGAUGUUUGCCCACAUAUUCCGGGUCCAGAUGAAGUAGAGAGGGCUCCUCACUGUUACCCCUGCAGUGUGACACUUUUUGGUUGUCACUGACCACUCAGAAGUGGCCACAGCCUCCUGGCAGUAUUCUUGAGACCUCAUGGUGGCUCCCCAAGAGCAGCUGUUCCUGCCUGGCCCUCCCUGUGAGAGACAGCGGCCCCCUGGACGCGCCACCAACAGGGGAUACCUGCUUCCCCUCAGGGAGCUUGUCUCUGCCCCUGUACUAGGACAGCUGGCCAAGAAGUAGGAUCAGUGAAGGUGGUAGCACCCACGUAGUGGUUUCCACCGGUACAGGCGAGAGAAGAGCCGGUCCUGGUGUCUUGCAAAGGUUCUCAUUCUGCGUCAGGAAGCCUUGGCAAAAUUUAAUUUCCUAAAAAUUUUUUUUAAAUCUAAAGGUUUGUUGGUUAUUGUACUCUGGCCUUUGGAGAUUACUCACAUGCUGCCUGUGUUUUAUAUUCUUUUUCCUUCACCUUCUGUGUUUGGAUCUGUGUUGUCAGCUUGUCAUCAGCUGGUAGGUGCAGGUUGGUUCGUGGGUCACAUUUCCCUCUGAGGCCCCACACACCUGCCACGCUGGUGGCUCCCAGGAGGGGAGACUGGGAAAUUCUGUGCUUUACACGUGGCCUUCGAUCCCUGCUUUCCACCCCUUAGGAGUUGGGUCUUUGACCAUACUUUUUAAAAAACAAAAUCUGUAACUUGGUGCUUGUUGAUGAAUUGCAAGCUGGCCUUGCAGAUGGAGAUAUUUAUCUUUCAGUUUAUUUGAAAGAGGUCUGGUUUAAAAUUGUUAGAUUUGUUUUAUUUAUUGUGUGUGUCUGUGUGUGUGUGUGAGAGAGAGAGAGAGAGAGAGAAAGAGAGAGAGAUGAGGGUGAACAUACUAUCCCAACGGUUUCAACUAUCUGACCACUGUGGAGAAGGAACAGCAGACCAGCUGCCUACUCUUCAGUGUCUGUCAAAGUGCCUUGAAGGCUAGAAAGAAAUUAAGAUUGGGGAAGGGGUCCCUUGCCUUCCCUCCUUGCCACCCCACCUCAGUCUUUGAUCAAGGGAUGUCUUCUUGCUUGAGAGUUAAGAAGCUUGCCACCUAUGAGGGACAUUUGCCUUUUUUUUGUCAUAGGAGAUUUCUUACCUUUCAGUAAUAGACUUUAGGGGGAAAAAACAAACUGAUUUUUCUCUUGGAACCAUGAUAUACCCCUCCCCCACCACUCCACCCAAAGACCCUAAACAGCAAAAGCUACCUUGCUUCCUUCUACCAGUCCCCACAGCUCCAGGUUACAGCCAUGCCUGUCCUGGCUUUCCUAGGAGCUGCGUGAAGCUCAGUUGUCUGUCCUUGUCACUUGCUGGAGGUAGCCCUGUGGCUUCCUGUUGCACAGAGAGAAGCGCUCUGCUAGAAAGGGUCCGGCAAACGAAGACCCACGUUCCUCCUCCUCUGGGUGGAUGUGGGCCAGACCACCUGUGCUCUGGGCUGGGAACAGGAGGGGCUUCGUGCCGAAGAGAUUGGCUGUCAUGUGUGCUCUUCACAGAAGCGCCGUGGACACUGAGCUCUGGACUAGGCUGCGCAGCUUGAUUUCAGUUUCAGGCCCCCAGACCCAGAUUUCUCCAUCCUCUGUCAUCUCGCCCCUUUGAAAUGGAACUUGGGGCUUUUGCUGCUGUGCUUGUGCGUCUGACCUUGGGAGCUGCUGUGGUCAGUGAGGUAGAAGCCCUGUCUGGGUUUCUUCCCUGUGACAAGAGGUGGUCUUCUAGGGUGACUCAGAUUCCGUUCCCUGUGAUGCCCCCACCUGAGAAAGCUGUGCUUCUCCAUCAAGCUCAAGAAAUCAAUGCCAAAAAACCAAGUUUAAGUUUUGGGGGGAUGGAGGAAGACACCUCCCAGAGUCCUCAGAUUUUUAAAACCUAGUAAUUUCCUGGAAGAAAGUUGUGCCUUCUCUCAGUUAUAUCAUCUCAGUAAUUGUCAUCCUGGUUGGGUGACAUGCACUUUACAUGCCAUCAGCAGCUGGCUUCAUUGUUGUAUCAACUAUGUCGACUGGUUUCUUCUUUGAACGUGGAGGGUUAAAAACAUGCAAAUUGCCAUAAUUCAACCUUUGCUAACAUUCCAUCCUCUACCCUCACAAUAGCUAUCUGAGGGCAAGAAAUCUGUAUCAAGACUUUUUUUGAAAAGGUACGAAUCUUACCUUUUUUCCUCUUAAGGCUCAGGGUAAUGCCACUGAAGUUGUCCCUUCACUGUCUGCUCUCUUUGUUACCUCCCCUGGUGUGAGCAGCAGUGAGCGCAAAUGUGUGAGGGCCCUGGGGUUUGUUGGCCCUUUCUUGGGGUGGAGGGGAGAUAGUGUGUAGGGGUUAAUAAAAUAGGCUGUGCCUGAAAUAAAAAGUAGAACCAUAAUCAUAGAGGCCAGAACUUGAUCCAGAAGUUUCUGUUCAGAGAAGUGGUUUCUGUUUUAUCCUUUUGUUUCUGAGGUUCUUUCUCUGUAGCUGGUUGGUUCUUCCCAAGGAUUUUGGUAUUGACAUUGGAGCGGCUGUGUACUUUGGUGUUGAUGGGUGGCCAGGUGUGCCCAGGGGACAGCCAGGCUCUGGAAGGGGUUUAGAGAGAGGGUCCUAGUGAGUGGGCUCCAGUGGCCAUUAGGAGGAUGGUCUGGAGGGGACAAAAGGGCAUCAGACACCCCGCCACCCCAUCCCUUGCAGUGCGGAGCCCAGGAAUGCGCCUGUGCAGUACAGGGGUUGGCAGAGGUUGAGAGAGGUGUGCUGACCGAUCGGGCCUCGGCCUGGCGCUGUUGCUGUAACUGACCCACCAAGACAAGGAUGGGGACAAAGAGUUUGUUUCGGUUUGGUUCCUCUUUUUUCCUUCAAUGUAGCGUAACAUUCCUAGGUAACCAGAGUUUAGAACCUACUGCCUGCUGGCCAGGUUUUAAAAUGAAAAGUAUUUUAACGCUGCCAUAAAAGGAAAAAACAAAACAAAACAAAGGCUUCUUUCCAUGUCCUCCUCAACUAAUUUGUCAAAAGAUGACAGGCCUUGAAUUAUUUCUCCAUCUCGCUAAGGUUUAAAGAUGGGCAAACCCAAGUGGUUCAGGCCUCUCCUGCCGCAGUCCGCGCUGACCCGCUGCAGAUGCCCAGCCUGAGCUGGCCUGUGCUGGGGCCUCCCUGCUGUGAGCUGGAGGGUCCGGCCCCCCGGCCUCUGUGCACCCCAGGUCUUCCCCCUGCUUGAACUCCCGACUUCGCAGCUGCCUGGCAGAAGGGCAGCGAGAGCACUCUGACAGGGACCCGCCCUGUGGUCACGGUUCAGCCUGUGGUUUCCUGUGUGUCGUGCACCUCAUCGCCCCGUCAGUGGCGCGGGGAGACGCCAGGAUGUGCAGGAGGGUGAUUGCGUACACCUUAUACCUCUGCUUUCGUUCAUUGUUUUAGAUGCUAUGUGAGCAUUUCUUACUUUUCAUAUGAGAUUUCUCUUGAAACCAUGUGCUAAAUCCUAUUAAAUAAGAAGUGGUUAAAACCAAGAUGCUGUAUAUUAAUUUGUAAUUAUGUAUAAAGUAAAGCAGUUUUAAACUGUAAAGAUUUUGUUCCAAUGUUUUUGGGAAUUUUACCACAACAUACUGGUGUUGUAUUUUAUUUAUCUUCCUGUCUAGUUAUUGGCUUCAGACUCUUGUAAAGUCCCCCUCGGCCCUUCCAAAAAAAUAAAUGUUCUUUAGGUGUU